CUUCUUUGACAUUUACUGGCUCAACUUGCUCCAUCGUACAUACAAUCACCAAGCUGCGACACGUCCGAUUUAUUGCUCUUCCAGAACACAUAAUAAGCAACAAUGUCAGGCAUCAAAGUGGUCUUUGGUGCAGCCGGCGUGAACCCACCUCGCGCUUUUGGUACUACGGAGGCCGUGAAGGAAGUGUUUGAUGUUUUGGAGAAUGGCAAGUGCGAGAACAUCGACACAGCAGCGCUGUACGGCCAAAGCGAGAAGAUCCUUGGAGAGGCCGGUAUUGCCAAACACAGCUUCAUAGUCGACACGAAGCUGAAAGGAGGUUUCGAGGGAGGAGCCACCAAGGAAAAUGUUCUUGCCCAAGCGAAGAACAGCAAAGAGUUGCUCGGCACAAACGUAGACAUUCUGUACAUACAUGCCCCGGAUCACAACACCCCGCUCGAGGAGACGCUUGCUGCGGUGGAUGAGGUUCACAAGUCGGGAUUCUUCAAACGUUUCGGCUUGUCAAACUACAAGGCGGAGGAUGUUCAGAAAGUAUACGAGCAUUGCAAGGAGAAGGGCUACAUUUUGCCAUCGGUAUACCAGGGCAAUUACUCUGCAGUCGCGAGAAAGCAAGAGGAGGUCCUGUUCCCGACGCUUCGCAAACUUGGCAUGUCGUUCUACGCAUACAGCCCGCUAGCCGGAGGUUUCCUGACCAAGACCAAGGAGCAGGUCCUUGAAGGGGCGGGGCGGUUCAACAAGAACGAGCCAAUUGGUAACAUGUAUGCAACGAUGUACGCCAAGCCGUCGUACCUCGAGGCAUUGGCACAGUGGGCGGCGAUCGCGAAGGAGGAGGGCUGCUCUCAGGCAGAUCUGGCAUACAGAUGGGUGCGGUACAACUCACCGUUGAAGAAGGAGCAGGGUGACGCCAUCAUCAUCGGAGCGAGCCGGUUGGAGCAGCUCAAGGAGACGCUUGACUCGAUCAAUGGAGGUCCGUUGAGCGACGAGGCGGCCAAGAAGAUCGACGAGGUCUGGAAGACGAUUGAGCACGAGGCGCCGCUCGAUAAUUACCACAAGUAAAUAAAUGCUGCAGAAGUCAGACAGCGGACGAAACACGACAGGAUGACAA